AUGCACUGUUGGAAAAUGACAGCCAUCCUUUUGCUGUGCUCACUGCUGCUCAGCCAGACGCACUGCGCUUCCUUGCACCACCGACAGCCUCGGCUACCGCGACAGCGGCGGAUGACCCCCUUCUGGAGAGGAGUCUCCCUAAGACCCAUUGGAGCCUCGUGCAGGGACAACAGCGAAUGCAUUACAAUGCUGUGCAGGAAGAACCGCUGCUUCCUUAGAACGGCCUCAGAGUGA